AUGACCACGAACAUCCCCGAGAUUAUCCUCUUGUGCCAGGAUGCCGACUUUCUCACAGCCUUUGACGAUGCCAUGCACAACUAUUGGCCUCAAUUCGACCCCGGUCAAAUCAAGAUCACCAAGUUAAACUACCGUCUCAAUAUGCUCCCACCAUCCGUCAAGUUCGAUCUAGUGGUCUCACCCGCCAAUUCCUACGGUCGCCUCGAUGGAGCAUUCGACCAUGCCAUCUCCAUGACCUUUUGCCCACGAGACGACUACCAUGCGCUCACUCGCGCCACUCAGACAGUGCUCUACGACAAAUGGCGUGGGUUUGCGCCCCCAGGCUCGUGCACUUUGGUCGAAUUUCCAGAAGACCUCAAGCAGAACCCCAUUGGUUGUCACUGGGUCGCAAUUUGUCCGACAAUGCGAGAGCCCGAGAACGUCAGCUGGGAUCGCGAGUUGGUGUAUGAAUGUGUGUGGAGCUUGCUGUGCCAAGUCGAAGGACAUAAUCGGCAUAUUUCAGAGCACAAAAAGAUCAGAAGCAUGCUCAUGGUGCCAUUCGCUGCGGGAAUCGGGAAAGUCAGUAAAGCACGCUGGGCGGGACAGACUGUUUUGGCCAUGAAGCAUUUUGUGGAUGCGCUUGAGAACCCUCAAGUUUGGGGUUCCUUGCAAUGGGAUACAAUUGAGAAGAUCGAUAAUGAGGUCCGGGUGACCUGGGAUGAAGGACAGCAAGCUGAUUAG